CCUGAUUCAUAGCCUAUGUGGAGUGGGUGUUUGACUUUGUAGAGUUGGCUUUUCUUUUUCGUUUUCAAACUCUACCAGGCGGAGGCGUUGUGCGACAUAAACAAAGAGAAGAAGAUGCACUAUUACAGAUAUGAAAAUGCAGAGGUCAGCUGUUGCUACAAAUACCUCAUGUUCAGCUACAACAUUAUCUUUUGGCUAGCUGGAACAGCAUUCAUUGCAAUUGGCUUCUGGGCCUGGAGUGAAAAGGGUGUUUUAUCAGAUCUGACGCAAGUCACACGUCUACAUGGUUUCGACCCAGUUUGGGGGGUGCUUGUUGUGGGCACAGUCACUUUCAUUUUGGGAUUUGCUGGUUGUGUCGGAGCACUCCGGGAAAACAUCUGCCUCCUUAAAUUUUUCUCUGGAGUCAUUGGCUUCAUCUUCUUCCUGGAGCUGACGGCUGCAGUGUUAGCAUUUGUGUUCCAGGGCCAAGUUAGGGAGUGGAUCAACGAAUUCUUCUUGGCCAAUGUGAAGGCCUACAGGGAAGACAUUGACCUGCAGAAUCUGAUCGACUCUCUUCAGAAGCUGAAUCAUUGCUGUGGAGCUAAAGACCCCAAUGACUGGAAUCUGAAUGUGUAUUUUAACUGCUCACAGAGUCAGCACAGCAGAGAGAAAUGUGGCGUGCCCUUUUCCUGCUGCAUCGGCGACCCUGCCGAUACAGUGGUGAACACGCAGUGUGGAUAUGAUGUUAGAUCAACUGGCACAGCGUCUCAAUGGAGCGAUACCAUUUAUGUUAAAGGAUGCAUGAUUGCUUUAGAGGAGUGGCUUCCACGUAAUCUGUACAUUGUGGCUGGAGUCUUCAUAGUCAUCUCAUUGUUACAGAUGGUGGGAAUCUUCUUGGCAAGGACGCUGAUUGGAGACAUAGAAAAAGUAAAGUUUAAUUAUUACUGAGCUCAUGUAACUGGAAGCGAGCAGGGCAAUGUAUGGAAAAAUAUGUGGACCUCCAGUUAUUCUUUUUUUUUCAUGGAGGACAAGAACAUUUGUGGAAAAGAGGACUCGGGACUAUUCACUUGGACCACCUUUUCAGCAUUUCUAAAAACCACAUAUUGAAUACGAAGCUGCCUAAGUUAAUUUGGAAACUGUCACACGUGUGCCUUCUCUCUUCUACAAGUUUACCUCCAGCAGCCCACUCCAAUGUUUUUUAUUUUAUUUUAUAUAUGACCAACUUUAACAUUUGUAAUUUUGAGACCACUAUUAACCAAGCUUGAUAUAUAUACUGGCCACAGAGUGGGACGAUAACCUUUAAACUAACAUAAAUUGUAAUUCUAAUCAUGAGAAGAAGCAGCCUAGUCAACCAAGCUUUAAUUAUUGAAACGUAUCGGUAUGGUCCUCUUACACAUACUCAAAUCUCGCUCUAGUUCAAAACCACAAACUGGAAUGUCUUUUUGAAGCAUGUUAAUUUUUUCUUAGAUAAAAGCAUGCUAGUGAUGAUUAAAAAAAUAUACUAUCUGGCCUCAUAGUAAGAAGCGUAAUAAAAGAACAAUUGUAAAGCAGUUUUAACUGCAGUAAAUACAUUCCAUUUUCUUAGUUCAUUGAUUUCAACUAUUCAUAUUUAUGCAGACAGUUAACAUUUAACUAACUGCAAAGAGUGCAGAAGAAAUAUAUCAAGAUCUGACUAGACUGACUCGCGUGCAAACAGAACAUAUUGAGUACAGUCGGGUGGAAAUAAAAUUCCUGCGAGUCUAGAACAGAAGUGUCCUACAUCACACAGGUUUUAAGCAUCAGUAUGCAUCCUGUAUUUUUACCCAAUUUUAGAAAUGUUUAUUUCUACUCCGUUAAGGGUCAUUUCAUCUGAUUGUCUUGCAUUUGAAUGUGCAAGCCUGGACUUGUGCAGACCUUUAGGAGUCACUGGAGUUUGAUGCAAAUCACCUUAUGGUUUCUAAUACUGAUGUCAACAUUGCCUUUGAGAUGCCAACACUUACCUCCUUCUAUUCUUGGUGACUUUAUACAAAAAAUCAGGUUGUGCCUUUUCUCUCGCAUUGAAGGUUUUAUCAAUGUAUUAUACCAUGUCUUAGCUAGAUAGAGGUUUUAUUCGUGUCAAUCAUUACACGUCAAAUAAUAUUUACUUUUUGUGUUCUCAAUUAAAAACUUGCCAUUAUAGCAUAAACUAAAACUAAAACAUUAACAUAACAUUAACUUCACUCUUAGCCCAAAGACUUAUACUUAUAUUUUCACAGUUCUAUCAUAGUAUACUUGUAUAAUAUGAUGUCUGAAACUCUCAAUAAUGCAAAAAGGAAUUUACGUUAAAAAUGUAGAAAUUGUUAAUCUUUUCAAUUCAGAGCGCACUAUUUCAUCCCUUUUUCUUGAGUGUCUGUCUAUGACACUGUGUAGUGUACUUGAUUUGAGUAUUUACUAAAAUGCAGUAGUUUCCCUGAUUUUACUGCAAGAGCCUCCUUUUUAAUGAAGGGAUGUUUUUUGUCAUUUUGUUUUUGAAUGCGUGUUGUCUUUGUAAAUAUUAUCUUUUCAGUGUUUUUAUAUUCAAUAAAAAGUUUGUUAGCUAUCA